CCAAGAAUUUUCAAAAUGCAAAAUAUUUUUUACACAUUUCGUAUUUCAUUAUUCGGAGACUUUGCCAAAAUUUCACUCAAGUUUAUCGAAACACGAAAUAUUUAUUAUUAUUAAAUUCAACUAAACUAUGACUCAAACAUGCUUCAAAGUGAUCUGAUUUUGUGUAAUCUAAGAUGGCGGUUAAAAUUGUGAUGGCGAAAUGGAAUAUAAGAAUGUUAACAUGUAGAUCUUUUAACUUUCUUGACCUCGUUUCUUCCGUGUUGCGUAUUCAGUCUAAUCUGCGAAAAUAACAGUGCAAAAACGUUCAUUCUUAUACGCUUGUACUUAUUUGAGUAAGCUUAACUGAAAAAUCCUAUUCAAAAGUGUUUUCCAGAAUAGCAAAAAAUGCUGUAUGGAACAUGUUGCAAAACUCGAUAUUUUCAGCACUCGUCGUAUUUAUCCAACUCGGCAGAGCCUCUUGGAUAAUCUAUACAUUGUGCACCUUAUUGAAAACUAUAAUUUAACUACCCAAAACGACUAAAUUCCACUAAAAUAAUGAACUCGUAAACCAUUUUCAGUUUCACUCUCUGCCUCUCCUCGUGAUUCAAAUAAAUAACCCAAUAACCAAAAUGGCACUUCCCACAAUCAAGAAAACGCGUUAAAAACCUUGCGCUACAAUCAAACCGUCAUAGAAUAGCCAAACUAGAUCAACCACUCGCAAGUGCAAAGUAUUGCCAAUGCAAACGAAGACCUCGACGAAGUGAUCGCGCGUACCUGUUUCGGUAGAAUGUAGUCACGCUGGUUCAAUAGAACCUACCUUUUUGUUGGUCUCUAAUUCAUUUGGUUGUUUGCAAAGUAGCUGGACGGAUCGUCGAAAAUGGCUCAAACCUUUCGGGAGGUGCAAAUUCCGGUUCCGUUUGGGGUGAUUCGCGGCAAGUGGUACGGUCCUACGAACGUGCGGCCGAUUCUGUUCAUCCAUGGGUUCAACGACAACAGUGGAUCGUUUGAUCGAGUUAUCCCGUUGCUUCCGACCGCUGGAAGCUACCUGGCGAUUGAUUUGCCCGGUCACGGACUGUCCUCGUGGAUGCCAAGCGGCACCGUUUACCGUCUGAAUGAUGCGGCGAUCUGCAUCCGACGGGUCAUGAAGAUCUACGGAUGGCCCAAGGUAUCCCUGGUUGGUCAUUCCUUCGGGGCCAUGGGUUGCUUCAUCUUCAUCGGACUGUACCCGGAUAAGGUCGAUCUGUUUGUAGCACUGGAUGCGCUUCAAGCGUCCUUCCCGGAAGGGUUAUACACGAGAUUGGCAUCUCACUUUGAUCGGUCGAUAGAGUACGACGAUUCCAACGGUAGAAAACCACCCGGAUUGACCUACGACAAGAUGCUAAGUAAGGCGCGAUAUCCAGCUGGCUCAACGAUCCCGAUAGAACUGUGUCAUCACCUGUUGGACAGAAACAUCCGCGAAAGCAGCAUCCUUCCGGGAACCUUCCAUUACACUAUCGACAGCCGCACCAAGCAUCCGGACCUCUCCGGGUGGUCUCGGGAAACAAACCUGGAAACGGCCAGGGCAACCAAGUGCCCAGUGUUGGUGAUCAAAGCUACGGAUUCGCUCUAUUACGGCGAUGACGAAGAGUUUAGGCGGCUUUUGGACGAGAUGGGCAGGAAUAAUUCACUGACCCGGUUGGUGGCGAUCGAAGGGAAUCAUUACGUGCAUCUGGUCGAUGCGGAGAGCGUGGCCAACGUAAUUGGAAAAUUUUUAAACGAUUGUAAGCGAUUUGAUGAAAUUGUGGAAAGUAAGUUAUAGAGUUGAUUAUCUAGUGAAUUUAAUUUAUAUGGAAUAAAAUAUAUCUCAAUGUUAAACCAUUUUUCAUUAGUGACACCGAUAAAAUCAUACGUAAACCAAACAUAUAGGGCUUAUAAGGAAUAUUAUGCCAAUCAUAUAGGCAGUCCGAAGCCUCGAUUAUCUGAUGUUCGAUUAUCCGAUGGUUUGUAUGGGAAUAAUGAUCAAAUAAAAAUCUUUUUUUUUUAUUUCGUACUUUUAACAUCAAAUUCGAAUUCUGCGACCCCAUAUUAGUCAAAUGUGUAUGGUUGAUUGCUUUAAAAAUUACCAAGUGCAUUUUCUCAAUAUUUAAUCACCGUCAUUUUGGCCGCCAUCUUGGCUUGGAAGUAAGGUAUGCACUUCGGAAGAAACCUGUCAAGAAAAAAAUCAAAUGGGAAGCAGCGGUAGCGAAAGCAAGCCAGAGAGGGUAAAGAAAAGCCCCAAGAAAACGUUUCCUCUCUUUUUUCUGCCGUUCGUAAAGCUGUUUCUUGACCCCCUUUCUUUUGAAGAGCAUACCGGCCCUAAAGAUGAAAUCGAUGUAGCUCAGCGAGUUUUCAACCAAUUUGAGUGCUUCAAGUUGCAAAUUCAAGGGUAUUAGUUUCGCCAUCUUUCAAGACUGUGUCUGAGUCAAAAAUCGAGGAUAAUCGCUGGUAAAAAAUGGGAUACCCAUAAAUUUCCACUAAUUUGGCUUUUUCAACACUUCUGAAUCACACAAGUCAAUUUCCGGUCACGCAGAACUGAUACCGGAUACCGGUUCUGGAGGUUCUCGGAGUUAGACAGAACUUGGUCAUAAAUCUGAUUGAAACAUCAUUGUAAUCCUUAAAAAUUUACUGCAAAUAUGAUAUAAAAGUAUCAUGUGUCGAAAAAGUAUGGCGACUCCGGAUGUUACCGGUUCCCGUGGGGCCAUUUUUCAAAACCACUUAAAAUAGUCUCGCGACACUACAAACAU